AUGCUGAUCGACUUCGUCCCCACCGUUUCCAGAGUCUCCCUCGCCGAGGCUCCCGGCUUCCUCAAGGCCCCCGGCGGCGCCCCGCCAACGUCACGAUCGCGGUCGCCAGGCUCGGCGGCAAGGCCGUUUUCGUCGGGAAGCUCGGCGACGACGAGUUCGGGCACAUGCUGGCCGGGAUCUUGA